AUGGGACAUCGGUGGAGGUGCACUGCCGACAUAGUGGCCCCCUUGUCCGCCCCUGCUGAUGGGCUAGAGAUUCAAGCAGGAAUAUGUUUUGCACAGAAGAGCCACGACGUUCUCUUGACCGCCUCUGGCCCCGAAGGAACUUACACACGCAUGGCCGAAGCAGUCGGCACCGCCCUCGCGGUCGUUGGCGUGCUGGGCCAGAUCUUCGACGGGUGCAUCAAAGCGUACUCGCUCUUCAGCACGGCGACGUCCUUUGACGGCGACUCACAGAAGCUGGUCUGCAAGGUCCGCAUCGAGGAGAUGCGGCUCGUGGUCUGGGGCCGCGAGUGGGGCGUCGCCGAGGGCAAUCUGGAGCGGCACCUGAGCAAAAACGAGAGCGGCGGGAUGCGCAAGCUCGCCGAGCAGAUCCUGACCGAGCUGCGGAACACGAUCACGGAUGUCCGCAAGCUGAAGGAGCGGUACGGGCUGGUCGAGAGGGAAGAGGGAGAGGAUGAGGUGCAGGAAGCCGGCAAAGGUGGGAAGAGGGGCCCCGGAGUGGUGCUUGGCACGGGCCGGAAGGAGACGCAGGCCGGCAGGCCGAGUGGCACUGCAAAGAAUGGGAUUGAGAGUUGGACGAAAAAGCUCUCGAUUCGAGCGACGUGGGUUGUGGCAGACAAGGACAAAUUCAAUUCCCUAGUCAGGGACUUGAAAGACUUUAAUGACGGCUUGGAGCAACUGUUCCCAGCAUCGCGGAUACCGGGCGUUCAACGCGCGUGGGUGUUUGAACUGCUUCAAACUGCCCAGCGUGACGUUGAGCAGCUCAAGCUGCUGGAAAGCGCUUCGGAUGAGGUGUACCCGAAACUGAACGCAUCGGCCGGUCUGAAGAAGUUGAGGAUAAACCUCGACAACAAACCUCAGGCCUCUUUUAAACCCACGUUUGCGCUGAAAGUCCAGAGGCAUGCCCUCAAUGUCUCGGACAAAGAUUCCAAGAGAAGCGAAGGCUACCACGACCCGUCGGGAACCGUGCUGAUUGAAUGGGUCGACUAUGACAAGGAGGACCUCGACGAGAAGUUUGUGCAUAUGCGCCGUCUUGACGACCUGGCCAGAAUGAUGCACUCGGCCACGGACCGGCAUCCCGAUUUAUACACGAUAGACUGUCUAGGCUACACGGACGACACAGCCAUGAGCAGAUACGGCCUUAUCUAUAAAGCACCCGAGGCAUCAUAUUCGACCUUGCACAAGCUGAUAUCAAGUAAUGAUCUCAAAACCCCCGACCUUAACGACAGGAUAAAGCUCGCGCAUACUUUGGCAGUAGCAUUAUUAUCUCUGCAUUCCCUGGAUUGGCUGCACAAAUCGUUAUGCUCAAACAACAUCAUCUUUUUCCCCUCUGCUUUCUCGGCCGCGGCCACGCAGCCAACGGCAAACGCGGCUCUCGUGCCGGACAUCUCGAAGCCAUAUUUAGUCGGCUUUGACGCAUCCCGGCCCGAUAUGGAUACCGAGAUGUCGGUAGCGUCGAAGAAUCCAUCCAUCUUGGAUCUACACCGCCACCCAAGGUCAUUAAGCGGGCUGUCGAGAAAACCGUACUGCAAAAGCUACGACAUCUAUAGCCUCGGGUUAGUAUUGCUGGAGAUAGGGCUCUGGAAAGUGUUGACAACUUACUACAAGCCUCAUUACUCCGCGGAGCGUUGGCGGGACAAGGUUAUCUUGCCAGUGCUUGUACCAGGGUUGGGGAACAAGACAGGCCGCUUGUAUAAAGACGUAGUCGAACGCUGUCUGACAGUCAAGGACGACAUAACGAGCGAAGAGACGGGGCAGCUGAUGGAGGGUCUGGUAGCCACGCUCGAAAGCAUUAAUGUAUAG